GCGCCCUUGGCCUGGCUUCGCUCGGGGUCUGGGGCAGCCGCCGUGGAUGGACCCGCGCCGCGGAUGGUGGAGCUGUGCGUGUCGGGGCCGUCGGCGGCGGCGCCGCGGCUGUUGCGCGCCAGUGGCAAGAAGGGCGACCGCUACAAGCUGGAAGUCAACUCGGAUGGCUCUACGUGCCCGCUGCUGUGCCUAGGAUCCAGCGACGAGCCGCGCGCUCCUGGCGCGGCGCUGUCGCUUCGGAUCCCGGCGGAGAGGGCAGUGGAGUAUCAGCUGGAGGAGUGGAGGGGGCUGGACCAAACAAAAAAAAAACACGAGACUCACAUCGACAACGUGCUCCCGGAGGUGCUCAUGCUCGGCAGGGCGGGGGGCGUCACCUGGCGACGGCGUGCCAGGCCCCCCACCUGGCCAGUGUUCUGGGCGGAGGGUGCGUCUCCCGGCCUUAGGGGGGUCGCCGAGCGCGCCGCGGCGGGUGGUGAAGGCAUGCGGCCCCUGCAGUGCGGCAGCGGGGCCAAAGCCGCAGCGGGCGUCUGGGGCAAGCGGCCCAGCCAGCCCACCCUCGCCAUCGCCCCGGACGUGGCGUCUCGGUUGGCGAGAAC